AUGGAAACGCCGAACUUUACGCACGGAUCCAUUCCCAUCAAUGACACGCGGAUUGUGCCCUCGCAUGGGGGGGACGUCAAGAAGGUAAUCGCUUUACCGAUUUUAAUGUUUGCUGGCGGCGCUGUUGGGAAUUUAAUCGCGAUAGUUGUUCUUUCAAUAUCGAGGCAGGAGCGAAAGUCGUCCGCUUUCUACACUCUGGUGUGCGGCCUGGCGGUCACGGACCUGCUGGGCACCUGCCUGGCCAGCCCGAUCACUAUCGCCAACUACCUGGACCAACAGGUGCUGGAGGACAGGCAUCUGUGCGAGUUCCACUCCUUUCUGCUGCUGUUCUUCGGCGUGGCGGGACUCAGCAUCAUAUGCGCCAUGUCCGCAGAGCGCUACCUGGCGAUAUGCUGCCCGUACACCUACCAGCGAUGGGGGGUGGACAGACGCUUUGCGCAGAAGUUUCUGUUCGGUAUUUACAUCAGUCACAUUUUGUUCUGCUGCCUGCCAAUGAUGGGCCUGGCCAGCAGCGAGCUGCAGCCGUCUCUCACCUGGUGUUUCAUCGACUGGAGGACACGGGACGCUCCGGCCGCCGCAUACUCCUUCCUGUACGGCAUCGUGAGCCUGCUGCUGAUCCUGGGCACCAUCGUGCUGAACCUGGCGGUGUGCGGCGCUCUGCUGGUGAUGCGCCAGCGCACCGUGCAGCGGCGCGUCUCCAGAGCCAGCGUGCGGGAGCGGUGGCGGGCGCUGUCCUCCGCCGCAGAGACGCAGAUGAUCGCGGUGCUGGUGAUGACCUCCGCGGUGGUUUUGGCCUGCUCGGCACCGUUAGUGGUGCGCAUGUUUGCCAAUCAGAUUAUGCAGGAGAACGACUACAAAGCUGAUCUGGCAGCUAUCCGGAUUGCCGCCGUCAACCCCAUCCUCGACCCCUGGAUAUACAUCCUGCUGAGGCGGUCUCUGUUUCGGCGGAUGCUGACUUUGUCCAAAAGACUCAGGAAGACUCAUAAAAGUACCUCCCCUGCCCCAGCGCAGAGGAAUCUGCUGUAUCCUGACAUCAUGAAGGACGGCCAUGUGUUCACUCAGCUGCUGUGCAACACCAGCAUCAUCACUCACCUUCCUGCCACGGUCAAAUUCACCCCUUAUGAUACAGAGAGCCUCCACCAGACAUAG